UCAUGACAUGAUGUCACGAUCUGGGGAAGUUGUGUGUGCGGGAUUGUGUGUGUUUUCCAGAAGAAAAGCGUCGCGUGCUGCUGCAUCGGCUCAGGAUUGCUGAUGUUGAGUUGGCAUUUUGGGUGAAACCCCCCUAAACACAGGGCAAAAGUACAGCUGUAGAUGUGAUGCAGUGUCCUGCUUAAUCUGCAGGGUGAAAAGAAGGCAACAUGACGCUCAGGAGAGUGAAUGUGGUGAUCCUCGUCCUGCUCUCCAUCGCCUUUUUAAUCAUCGUCCAUCGAAAUCUCCUGAAUCUCAGCGACUUCCUGAAGCAAGAUGGUUCAGACGCAGCCCCGGGUGCGAUCCUGCCUUUCGAGAACGGGUUCUUUGCGGAGCGUAAAGUCAGGACCGGAGAGGAGAUCCCGGUGGUGAUCACAGCCUCCGAGGAGAGACUGGGCGCCGCCGUGGCCGCCAUGAACAGCAUCAACCGAAACAGCAAAGCCAACGUGGUUUUCAGCGUCGUGACUCUCAACGAGUCUGUGGAACAUCUCCGGACUUGGUUGAGCAAAACGGACAUCAAGCACAAGAUCAUCACCUUCGAGCCAAAAAUCCUGGAAGGAAAGAUUUCCUCUAAUCCUCCGCAACUGGAUUUGGAAAAACCACUCACUUUUGCCAGGUUCUACAUGCCGAACUUCUUACCCGACACUGAGAAAGCAAUCUACCUGGACGAUGACAUUAUUGUUCAAGGAGACAUCCAGGAACUUUUCGACACCGGUCUGAAGCCUGGCCAUGCAGCCGCUUUUUCAGAAGACUGCGACUCUGCGUCUGCUAAAGCCAUCGUUAGAGGAGCCGGAAACCAGAACAGUUAUAUUGGUUUUCUGGACUUUAAAAAGGAAGCUGUUCGGAAACUGGGAAUGCGAGCAAACACGUGUUCUUUUAAUCCUGGAGUCAUCGUGGCGAACUUAACCGAGUGGAAACACCAAAACGUCACCCAGCAGCUGGAAAUGUGGAUGGAGCGCAAUGUCAAGGAAGGUCUUUACAGCAACAUGCUAGCAGACAGCUUCACUACACCGCCGCUUCUUAUAGUGUUCUACAAGCGCCACUCCAGCAUUGAGCCCAUGUGGCAUGUCAGACAUCUUGGAGCCACCGGAGCUGGAAAUCGCUACUCCUCGCAGUUCAUCAGCGCCGCCAAACUCCUCCACUGGAACGGACAUUAUAAGCCAUGGGGUAGAGCCGCUUCGUACUCCAACAUUUGGGAGAAAUGGUACAUUCCAGAUCCUACCGGUAAAUUCCAUCCAAUCAGAAGACACUCGGAGGACAAGUAACGACAUGAAUCGUGUAAGAAUUACCCAAACUAACACUUUGCACAGAUAUUUCGGUUGGCUAGGACGACCCGAAAUCGUGUACUGAAGAGGAUUUUUCAAUGCUACAGAUCUGAAACCAUAAACUUACGAUUACCUUUCACUGCUUUUCCAGAAUGCCUGGAAUUCUGUAUCCGGUGGUUUUUAAGCAGGUCCACGACUAUUCACUUUUUUUCAAUUGGCAGCAUGCAGUAUAUAAAAACGAGAAUAAAGCAUGACGAGGCUUUAAGUGCGAUGUACAGAUGGAAGUCAGCUGGAAAUCAGAUCAGUGUCUUUAAAUAUACUCAGUAUUCAACUUCUCCUGUUUCCAUUUUGACUUCUGGGCACAGUUACAGUGACUUAAACACUUGACCUGAGCUCGUCAGGUAUUAACGAGGCCCUUUGAGAUGACAAAAACGGUAUCAAAGGCAUACGUUCAGUUUAUCAACACUAACGUCAUGAAUCUUAAAAACAAGCAUAAGACAGAAACACUAAAGUGCUACCUCAAUCCUUAUUGCCUACACUCGAAAGGUCCAUCGUUUUUCAGAUUGCUUUUUACUUUCAUCCAUUUAGUUAAGUAUACGGUUGUGUUGCAGGGGAUUUUUGCGACUUUCCAAGAACCACUUAAUUUAGAUUUUCAUGUAUAUAUAUAUAAUUUUAAAGCAUGUGUUUUUUUUUUCCUUUGUUUGUUUGUCAAAAUGAACUUGAGCACAUUUCACUUCUUGACCAUGAAUCAUUUCCAUUUUAGCCUCACUGUUACUGGUUUGGAAGCGUGCGCCAUCGAAUCUGUACAUAGGAAAGCAAAUAACUCUAUAUUUACUUAUUAAAUAAAGUCUAGUAACAUUGUAAA